CACCAUCUUUCUUUUUGUCAAAGUCUCGGUGAACUAAACACGCGGUGCGAAAGCACGAAUAAAAAUAUCGAAAAAUGGGUCGUAUGCACGCUCCUGGUAAGGGUAUUUCCAAAUCUGCCCUGCCGUACCGUCGUUCUGUGCCGUCGUGGCUGAAGUUGAACGCCGAGGAUGUGAAGGAACAGAUCAAGAAGCUCGGCAAGAAGGGCAUGACUCCGUCGCAGAUCGGCAUCAUUCUGCGAGAUUCGCACGGUGUCGCCCAGGUGCGCUUCGUCAAUGGCAACAAGGUUCUGCGUAUCAUGAAAGCCGUUGGCCUGAAGCCCGACAUUCCGGAGGAUCUGUACUUCCUGAUCAAGAAGGCCGUCUCGAUCCGCAAGCAUUUGGAGCGCAACCGUAAGGACAUCGACAGCAAGUUCCGACUGAUUCUGAUCGAGUCCCGCAUCCACCGUUUGGCCCGGUACUACAAGAUCAAGGCAGUACUGCCACCGAACUGGAAGUACGAAUCGAGCACUGCUUCCGCUCUGGUCGCCUAAGCAGGAAACGAAAGGAGCGAAUCGGAAGUGAUGUCGCGCGGAGAAGAGACGGACGGACCGGAAUGA